AUGUCGUUCUCAUCCCCGGCCAGAAACAGUUGUGUGGAUGAACGGUGCUUUAGCUUCUCGGGUGAUGUUCCAUGCUCUUUGUAUGAUGAAUCUGAUGCACCCCACCAUGCCAAAGAUGCCGUUCCCGAUAUGUGGUCGCCAGAAGGGAAUCCGUUCUUGAGAGAAUAUGCAAUAAAGACCCCAAAACCUCAUUCUGCCAUGGAAAAUGAUUCUCCUCGUUCAAAAUGCUGUUCAUGCUCAGCAGGGCACUCUCCUGUUAGCUCUCCUAUUGCUAUACAAUGCAGAUCAACAAGACUUAGCAAUUUAUUAAACAAUAAUGAAGUACUAGAUCGGUACAUUGAUAGAGGGCACGAAGAUGCAAUGGUAAAUGAGAAACAGAAGCAGGGCGCCCCUGUCACAUCUAUGGUUUCUAAUUUGGGAAGGCCACCUCGACCCCAGACUACAGUACCAUCCAUUCCAAAAUCAAUGAAAGAGACAACAGAGAGCUACCCAGAUGUGGACUUAAAAGACGGCUUCCUUUGGCGACUUGCUCAAGAGGGCACAGGAGAUACCCACAAGAUGGCAACUAUGUGCAGUGCAUUUAGACGCCACAUAAGCAUGUCAGAAGCUUCUGAAAGAGAAAGUUCAACAUCUGUUGAAGAUAUUUAUGAAGAUUUGCAAGAUGUGAGACUUCCAAAUGUUGUCUGCCCCUCCACUUGUCCUACUUUAGCGGAAGACGAAACCGAUGACAUGCUGCUUCAAAGAGCUAAAGAAGUUGAGUCAAGGUUUAUUAUUCCUUGUGGAGAUGAAUAUGAAUUCAGCAUGCUCAGGGAUAAACCAUUGACCUCAAAUGACAUGUUUCAGUUAAUCCAACAACUGACUGAAGAUAGGAAACAAUUAGCACAUGAAUUGUCUUCAGAGAUCAAGGCACGUGUUACAGAAAGGUUUGCUGCCAAAGAGCAAUACAAACAAACAAAUAAAGAAUUGGAAACCAGAACUAGGAGGCUGGAGAAGGAGAAGAGUGAAGUACAAACCACACUGGAGAGAGAGAUGGACAGAAGGUCAGACGAUUGGUCUAUCAGGCUAUCAAGAUUUCAAUCUGAAGAAGAGAGACUACAUGAACGGGUGAGAGAACUUGCAGAGCAGAAUGUGUCAUUUCAGAGAGAAGUUACUUUUCUUGAAGCAAAUAAGGCUGAAGCGUCAAUGAAAGUUGCAAGUUUGGAAACGCAAAACAGCAAACUAAAUGACGAUCUAGAGAAACUCAGAAAUGAGCAUGAGAAACUCCAUAGUUCCUCGGUAGAUUUGCAGGCUCGUUUUGCUGAGGUUGUAGAGGAAAGGGACCACAUCCGGGAAUAUUUGAAGGCCAAGGAGGUAGAGAAUAAAGCAUUGCACAAAGUGAUUGCAAGACUACAAACAGCAUGUAAUGAGCAGGAAAGGACAAUUACAGGCCUGAGACAAGGAUGCAUAGAUGAAUUAGAUAGGAAAUUUGUUGAGUGCACCUCCAGUGAUAAAACAAGGAAACUGCAAAUGGAACUUAUUAGACUGACAGGGGUGGAGCAAAAGUUGAGAGGUGAAAUUCGAUCUUGUGAUCUUGAAGUAGAAUCCCUCAGACAAGAGAAUAUUGCACUCUUAAAUCGUUUACAAGGUGCUGGAAAUGGAGCAAGCUUCUCCUCGAUUCGCCUUGACCAGGAGCUUCAGGCUAGAGUGGAUAACCUGCAAAUGCAAGGCUUGUCACUGCUUGAUAAGAUUAGCCAACUUUGUGCUAAAUUGCUGGAUCUGAUGAAACACAAGAGACAUGAAAAUGAAUAUUUGAUUGGCAAUGAUGCAUUAACAUUCAGUGAUUACACUUUUGAGUACCAGAGCAUCAAAGGAGGAAUCGAAGGUCUGAAGCGAAGUUUGAAGGCAAUCAAUUCUAUACUAAGUGAAAAGCAAAAUGCUAAAGAAAAAUCUGGUGAAAUUGCAGCUGAAGGUAGUCCUUCCAAAGAUGAAACGGAUGAUUUUGGACUCAAGCUGAAAGAAGAGGCUAUGCUGAACCGAGUACUGAAGGAGGCAGUCUUGUCAAAGGAACUUGACAUUGAACAAUUGCAAUCUGAUCUGGCAUCUUCACUUCGCAUCCAAGAUGUUAUGAGAAACGAGAUCCAGAGAGUUCAGGAUGAACUUUCUUGCAUAACCCACAAAGCUAAGCAGUUGGAGCUUCAGGUAUCGAAGAAGGAUGAGUCAAUCAAUGAAAUCCAACAGGAUUUCCAGGAAUCUGCAAAGGAGCUGGCUGCUCUCCGUGGAACACUGAAAACAGUGACUGAGGAGAGGGACCUGUCGUGGCAGGAAGCAAAGCAGCUGAGAAGAAACAUCAGCAUAAUGCAGAACGAGGUUGUGUCGCUGAAGAAGAAGAUCGAAGCCCUGGACGAAGACAUACUUGUCAAGGAGGGGCAGAUCACGAUAUUGCAGGACAGCAUCGACAAGCCGUUCGACAUCAUCUGCAGCCCAAGGUCGAUGAGGGAGUUCGACAUGGCCUGA